AUGGCCAGUGUGGAUGGCGUCUCAUCUUCUCCAGCCAAGAUUCUGUCCACGGCGGACGCCACGGAAUCAUCACAACCGAGCGUCUUCAGGCUCACGCCCGAGAUUUUGACCGCGAUUGCGCGUCAGCUAGCUCAAGACUCCAGCGGCAGCACUUCCCUCCACGAGCUCACUCGACUGCUCGUCACCUGUCGACUCUGGAAUAAGAUUGUCGGGCCGCUCCUGCACGGCCUGGCCGUUCGUUCCGACCUAGUCGUCCAUCAUGAGUUGAAGCGCUUGAACCCGUCGCCGCCUCGCCAUUCGUUUGACGCAGUGCAGCACUCUCGUCUCGACCUGUAA